AUGAUCUGGCGAAAGUUUGUGCUUGUGCUUGUUGGAAUGGUACUACUUUCUUCAAAUUUGGUGGAAAGUGCAGCCACCAUGGAGCAGUUGGCGAAAUCGAGUGAAAUGAUGCGAACCGUUUGUAUGGGCAAAACGAAACCUCCCAUGGACCAGGUAGAGGGACUCGGUCAGGGAAAGUUUGCCGAAGGCAAGGAAAUCAUGUGCUACUCCAACUGUGUCCUGGAAAUGAUGGGAGCGAUGCGAAAGGGCAAAAUCAACGCCGAUGGGGCCAUCAAACAGGUCGAUAUGUUGAUUCCUGCUGAAAUUGGAGAACCCACCAAGAAGGCAUUCGAUAUCUGUCGAAAUGCAGCUGAUGGUGUGAAGAAUAACUGUGAAGCGGCGUACGCGCUGGUCAAGUGUCUGCACAAGAAUAAUCCCAAAUAUUUCUUCGCUUAAGUGAAGUGGCAUCCGAUUUGUUAAGUAUUGCAUUGCGAGUGGUCCUGUACUUUACGUUGUAGUUGUAGCAAUAUUAUGAUUAUUCAAUAAACAAUUCCAGCAAAUGGUAAAACCAAAA